UAGAAAUAAACGGAAAAGAAGUGCCAUCAGAAAUCCCCAUCGUUUUCCUAUCCGCCGGCCUUCCUUCCCGAGCCCUCGCCGUACUCAGUCCGAGCGACCCAGCGCUGCCGGCGCCCUACCUCUUCUCCUCCGCGGCGACCAGCCCAACCCCUCCGCCUUUCACGGGCCGCCGUUCCCGUUCCCGUUCCAGUUCGACCUUCCGGCUCCGCAAUUCCGGCCACCGGUUGGUUUCUGAGUUCACAAUGGGGAACUUCGUGCCUGGUAUAAGUAGAGUGGAUGAUUGCCAUCCAAGGAUAUCAAGCCAUCGAAUUGAGCCAUUCACCAUUCUGGCUUUCAGAGCUAUAUCAGAGCACAUAAUACGAUAUGAAGUGUUCGAUCGAAAGCUGAUAGCAAACGGCCGGUUUCAACUGCUGACCAUUCUCAUCUGCGGAGCAAUCCAUGCCAAGGGAAUAGCAGUGAACGGUCGAUUUAAUCUGUGUGCUAUUCUCAUCUGUGGAGUUCUGUCCGACUACCUCCGGCACGAACCAACCGAUGGAGAGGAACCGCCGGUUGAUCUGGUUGGAAACCUUCCAGAGGACGUGUUAUGCACAGUUUUGUCAAAGUUGUCUCUGGAAGAGGCUGUAAGAACCAGUGCCGUAUCAAGGAAAUGGAGAUACUUGUGGACAGUUUGUCCUAAACUGAGUUUUGAUGGAAAUACAAUACGUGGCAAGAAUAAUUAUGAGAAAAGAGUGUAUAAUCUAGUGUUCAGUCACAUUGUUAAUAGAGUCCUGGGACAGUGCAGUGGCAAGUUGGUUGAAGAGCUUGAAAUCAAAAUUGAGUUGAACCGGAUGUUGGUUGAACAUCUUGAUAAUUGGGUUCGUUUUGCUGUAUCAUCGCGGGCAAAGGCACUAGUUUUUGAUUUAGCACGAGAACAGCGUCAACCUCCAGGUUGUCAUGAUCGGUACAAAUUUCCAUUUGAGCUUUUAGACGAGGACAGUAUACACCGUCUACAGAAACUUCAUCUUAGCUUUGUAGAUCUCCAGCCACCAAUGCAUUUUAGUGGUUUCCCUAACCUAAGGAAGCUUGACCUGAGCAUAGUGAGUGUCAAUGGGAAGGAAAUUGAACAUAUGUUGUCAAACUGCUGUAACAAAGGUUAACGGCCCACUGCCUCACCUGCUAUACUUGAAAAUUGCUUCCUGCAGAUUAACAAAUAUAGCAUUCCAUGCCGUGAACCUUGCGACUUUCGAAUACAGAGGACUGGCGGUGCCUAUUGACCUCAGUAAA